UUGCUAGAUGGAAAAUGGAUUCCUUAUUUCACGUCCUGCUUUUUACCUGUCUUGCUUUGACGAUCUCGGAAGGGUUUCUGAUUAUCCAUGUCCAGAAACAGCUGUGUCUUUCAGAAAAGAAAGGAAUCAUUAUGGAAAAGUGCAAUAUGACCCAUCUCAGCCAGCAGUGGAGGUGGACAGCAGAUGACAGGCUCCUCCAUGUUAAAUCUGGCCAGUGCCUGAGUAUCUCUACACGCUCUGCCCUGUCAUCUCGUAGCAUCAUCGUUGAUUGCCCCCAAGCAGUCAAGUGGACUUGCUAUGAGAAGGAUGGGCUCCUGAAGGUGGCCAACAGCUCUCUCUUUCUCACGAAGCAAGGUCAGAAGGUAAUGGCCAAGAAGAGUAAGAAAUACCUUCAUUCAUGGGUGCAACUGGGAGCCAGCGAGACGGGAAAACUCGUCUAUAUAAAUCUGUGCUCCAAGCAAGAUCUUCAAGAUGCAGAAACUUCUGUAUGGAGUACAACACCUACGUCCCCCCCUUUUAAUGCUAUUACAUCUAGGCCUGGAAGUCUGCUUAAGAAUAGCACACAGACGAUCAUCAGAAAUGUAACUGAACACUUCAGUAAAAAUGUCAUUGAAAAUCUUUAUUUUGACUUGAAAUCUGCGGUAACAGAGAAACCCUGGAUUCUGACAACUAUUCUCCCAUACGCCAGCACUACAGAGGAGGCCGGGCCCGGGCAGGCGGCGGGCUGCAGCGCCGACGUGACGGCGUGGCGGCUGGCCGGGCCGUCGGUGUGGGUGCGCUGGCGCGCCUCGGCGCCCGCCUGCAACUUCAGCCUGGCCGCCCGCUCCGAGGACGGCGCCGCCGCCGCCUGCCAGCCCGCCCGCGGCGGCAACGGCUCCUACGGCGGCGCCUGCGAGGGCCUGGCGGCCGGUACCCUCUACCGCCUGCGCAUCCAGCCCCGCUCCGGCGGGGAGCCCGUCGAGCUCGCCGUGCGCACAGAUCCCUUGCCACCACCUCGAUUUGAAAUUAAUAAGGAAAAAACUACACUCACAAGCUUACAGGUUUGGUGGGAUCCUUCCCCAGGAAAGGUGGAUUUGUAUAAGCUACUAUUAUCUGAUCAUAAUAGUAAAAAAAUACAAGAAGUCUCCAUAGAGGGAAGAAUGUCAAGAAUGGAAAAUACUUUUUCCGGUCUCAUUCCUGGGAAUAAAUAUAAUAUCAUCCUCAGUGCAGUUUCUGGAAAUAAGAGUACCCCUGAACUUCACAUAAGUGGAUUUACCGUACCGUCCCCUGUGAAAAAUAUUCAAGUGAGUGUCAAGACAGACACUAUCCAUGCUUCGUGGUCUCCUGGCACUGGGCACGUGGAUCGAUACAGGCUGGUGUUAAUGGAUAGUCAUGUCCCAGUUCAUGAGAUCAACCAAGAAGAUCUCUUGACUUCCUACACUUUUUCUGGACUUACGGCUGGGCACCUGUAUAACCUGUCUGUCAUAAGCCAGGCUGCAGGACUGGAAAGCAGCAGUUUUCUAACAGUCAGGACAGCCCCAGCUGAAGUCUUAGAUUUGACGGUGACUAAUGACGACAGCAUGGAUACUUUAAAAGUUAGGUGGAGAAGACCUCCAGGAAGCCUCAGUUUCUAUAACAUCACUCUUUCUCAUCUUGGAUCAGUUAAAGAAGUCAAAACUUUACAGCCACCCGUCACAGAAACUCACUUUGACAAGCUAACUCCAGGACGUCUUUAUCACGUUACUGCUCGCACGGUCAGCGGUGAACUAUUUACUGAUAAGAUGACAACUGGCAGAACAUUUCCCCAGAAAGUUUCUGAGCUGAUUGCCAGUGGUGCUGGCUGGCUGAGGUCUCUGCGGGUGAGCUGGCUGCCCCCUGCGGGAGACUGGGAGAGGUAUCGCCUGCUCCUGUGGAACCACUCCAGCGUGGUGCUCAACACCACCAUAGAGAAGGACUCGCAGGAGUACUUCAUCCAGGACGUGGGCCUCGUGCCGGGGAGGCAGUACAACGUGGAGCUCGUUGUGGAGAGUGGCGAUUUGCAGAGCAGGGCUCGCUGCACUGGGAGAACAGCCCCAGAGCCUGUUCUCCAGCUCCGUGUCAAGCAUGCUAAUGAAUCCUCACUUAGUGUCAUGUGGAUGACCCCUGCUGCGGAAUGGGACAGCUACGUCGUUUCACUGGGAGACAGGGACCUUACUGUCAUAAAAAAAGGGCUUGCAAAAGAAGCUAAGGAAUUCACUUUCACAGACUUGGUACCUGGAAGAAAAUACACAGCUACAGUUACUACCAUCAGUGGGAUCUUAAGCAACUGGACUUCAGUGGAAGGAAGAACAGUGCCAGCCCAAGUGACUGGUCUGAUCGUGGCAAAUCAGGGAUCAACCAACAGCUUAUUUACCAACUGGACGAGAGCACUGGGAGAUGUAGACUCCUACCAAGUAUUACUGAUUCAUGAGAAUGUUGUUAUUAAAAAUGAGACAGUUCCCAGUGAAACCAACAAAUACCAUUUCCAUCCCCUGAAACCUGGAGGGCUCUAUUCAGUUGUUGUUACCACUGUCAGUGGGGGCAUAUCUUCCAGGCAAACAAUUGCAGAAGGGAGAACAGUUCCUUCCAGUGUGACUGGAGUAACGGUAAAUAACUCAGGGCGCAGUGACUACCUCAGUGUUUCUUGGCUGCCAGCUUCUGGAGACGUAGACAGCUAUUUGGUAACACUCUCUCACGAUGACCAGAUUAUUCAGACUCUCACCAUUUCCAAAGCCUUCAGUGAAUGCUCCUUCAGUAGCCUUACUCCUGGGACGCUUUACAGUGUGAUGAUAACCACAAAGAGUGGGAAGUAUAAGAAUUCUUCCUUCAGCCAGGAACGAACAGUCCCUUCAAGUGUUCAGGGACUUACUGUCAGCAAUUCUGCAAGAAGUGACUACUUGAAGGUGUCCUGGUUACAUGCCUCUGGUGAUUUUGAUAAUUAUGAAGUGAUCAUCAAGAACAACAAUGACUUCAUCCAAACAAAAAGUGUCCCUAAAGAUGAAAAUGAAUGUGUGUUCACUAAUCUGGUGCCAGGGAGGCAGUAUAGCGUCACUGUCAGCACAAGGAGUGGGAAAUAUGAAACUAGUGCAAGGGUCUAUGGCAGAACAAUGCCAGAGUCAGUAAAGGAACUGACUCUUAGUAACAGGAGCACAGAGGAUCUGCAGGUAACUUGGUUAAAGGCUGAAGGGGAUGUUGAUAAAUAUGAGAUUCAGCUCCUCUUCAAUGAUAUGAAGAUCUUCCCACCCAUUUUUCUUGGAAAUACCGUGGAGGAGUAUUGGUUCACUGCUCUGACUCCAGGACGUCUAUACAAAAUUCUUGUCCUGACAGUCAGUGGAGAUGCGCAGCGUGCUACUUUCAUAGAAGGCCUAACAGUUCCGAGCACAGUUAGAAACAUUCAGGUUUCACACAAUGGCAUGACAAACAGCCUGAAAGUGAGCUGGACUCCUGGAGGUGGAGACGUUGAUUCCUACACGGUGACUCUAUAUCAGCAAAACCAUCAGCUUGAUUCCCAGAGUGUCUCCAAACACGUCUCUGAGCUCACCUUUCACAAGCUGGAAGCUGGGGAGCAGUACCGGGUGGUGGUGCAAUCUAACAGUGGCAGCUUGCACAACAGCUUGGCAGCUUUUGGGAGAACAAUUCCUGCCUCUGUCCAGGAAUUAUUUGCCGAUCAUGCUUAUAGCAGUCAUUCCUUGUUAGUAACGUGGCAGAAAGCUCCUGGUGUAGCUGAAAGAUAUGACAUUCUGCUCUUGAAUGAGCAAGGAGUCCUCCUGAGCAACAAAUCAGAGCCAGCUACUGCCAAACAGCACAAAUUUGAAGAUUUAUUAGCUGGCAAGAAGUAUAAAAUACAAGUUUUUACAGUCAGUGGCGGACUCUUCAGUAAACGAGCAGAAACUGUUGGCCGAACAGUUCCAGCAGCUGUCACAAAUCUGAAGGUCACAGAGAGCACCACUGGCCGGUUGUCCUUCAGCUGGACCACGUCACAGGGCGAGCUUGAUUCGUAUGACAUCUUCCUAUACAACCCAGACAAAUCCCUUCAUGACAGGAUUUCAGGCGAACAGCACAUGCAGGAAUGUUCGUUCCAGAACCUGCGGCAAGGCAGGAUGUACAGGAUGGUGAUCGUCACCCACAGCGGAGACCUCACCAACGAGUCAUCUGUCUUUGGAAGAACAGUACCAGCCCCAGUUGUUGGUCUUAAGGCAUCCAACAGAAACAUGACAGACAGUCUGUGGUUCACCUGGGAUCCAGCAGCAGGAGAUGUUGACUACUAUGAGCUGAAUCUUUAUAACCCAAACGGGACACAGAAAGAAACAUGGCAUAGGAAAGAGCUGAAAGAAUGGCAUUUCCAGGGGCUUGUUCCUGGCAGAAAGUACAACCUGGUGGUGGUAACUCACAGUGGUGACCUGACCAAUACAGCAAAUGCUGAAGGAAGAACAGCACCGAGUCCUCCUGACACUGUAUCAUUUACCGAUGUUGCAAACACUUCUUUAUCAAUCACUUGGCUGGGUCCCCCAGACUGGACAGACUAUGAUGAUUUUGAGUUGCAGUGGCUCCCCAAAGAUCCCCUCACAGUAUUGAAUCCCUACAGCAGCAGCAAAUCAAAAGUACGCAUUAUGUAUGGCCUUCGACCAGGAAGACUCUAUGAGUUCAGUGUCAGAACUGUCAGCGGCGACAACUGGAAGACAUACAGCCAGUCACUGUCUGCAAGUGUGAGAACAAAACCAGACAAGAUACAAAGUCUUCAUUGUCGGCCCCAGACCUCUACUGCAAUUGCAUGUUCUUGGACUCCUCCUGAUUCUGACUUUGAUGGAUAUAGUGUUGAAUGCAAAAAAAUGGACACUCGUGAAGUGGAAUUCUCCAAAAGGAUAGAAAAAGACAAAUCUCUACUUAAUAUCAUGACUCUCGUACCCCAUAAGCGAUACCUGGUUUCUAUCAAGGUGCAUUCUGCAGACAUGACAAGUGAAGUAGUUGAGGACAGCACCAUCACAAUGAUUGACCGUCCCCCUCAGCCACCUCCAGACAUCCGAGUGAACAAAAAAGAUGUGCUUAUUACCAAAUCCUCCAUUAACUUUACUUUUAACUGCAGCUGGUUUAGUGAUACCAAUGGAGCUGUGAAGUACUUUACUGUAGUUGUCAGAGAGGCUGAUGGUAGCGAAGGACCAAAGCCUGAUGAGCAGCACCCAUUACCUUCCUACCUGGAGUACAAACACAAUGACUCUAUACGCAUCUACCAGACAAAUUAUUUUGCCAGUAGAUGUGCUGAAAGCCCUGACAGUGACUAUAAAAGCUUCGACAUUAAGCUUGGAGCAGAAAUGGAGAAUCUGGGAGGAAAAUGUGAUCCCGAUCAGCAAAAGUUCUGCGAUGGGCCCCUAAAGCCUCGGACUGCAUACAGGAUCAGUAUACGGGCUUUCACCCAGCUCUUCAGUGAAGAUCCAAAGGAACUCCCUACACCACUCUUUGCAGACACCUUCUUCUCUUUACCUAUCACUACAGAGUCAGAGCCGCUCUUUGGUGUUAUUGAAGGUGUGAGUGCUGGCUUGUUUCUCAUUGUGAUGUUAGUGGCUGUUACGGCUUUAUUUGUCUGCAGGCAAAAAGUUGGCAAUGGCCAUGAGAGACCUACAGCAAGGCUGAGCAUUCGCGGGGACAGGCCACUCACAGUCCAUCUGAACUUGGGGCAAAAAGGGAACCGGAAAACUUCCAGUCCGAUCAAGGUCAGUCAGUUUGAAGCAUACUUUACCAAACUCCAAGCAGACUCCAACUACCUUCUGUCCAAGGAGUAUGAGGAUUUAAAAGAUGUGGGUCGAAACCAGUCAUGUGACAUAGCGCUUCUGCCAGAGAACAGGGGGAAAAAUCGAUACAAUAAUAUACUGCCCUAUGAUGCAUCAAGAGUGAAGCUUUCCAAUGUGGACGAUGACCCUUGCUCAGACUACAUUAACGCAAGCUACAUACCAGGCAAUAAUUUCCGCAGGGAAUACAUAGCAACUCAGGGCCCUUUGCCAGGCACCAAAGACGAGUUCUGGAAGAUGGCAUGGGAACAAAACGUUCACAACAUUGUCAUGGUCACACAGUGUGUCGAGAAGGGCCGGGUGAAGUGUGAUCACUACUGGCCCCUUGACCAGGAUUCCUUGUACUAUGGAGACCUAAUUGUUGAGAUGCUGUCUGAGUCGGUGCUCCCAGAAUGGACAAUACGAGAGUUUAAAAUCUGCAGUGAGGAGCAGCUUGACUCAACAAGGCUCAUUCGUCACUUCCACUACACUGUGUGGCCAGAUCAUGGUGUGCCAGAGACCACCCAGUCUCUGAUCCAGUUUGUCAGGACUGUGAGGGAUUAUAUCAACAGGACCCCAAACACGGGACCAAGUAUCGUACACUGCAGUGCUGGUGUUGGAAGGACUGGCACAUUCAUUGCACUGGACAGAAUUCUGCAGCAGCUAGAUUCAAAGGACACUGUCGACAUUUAUGCAGCAGUGCAUGAUUUAAGGCUUCACCGGGUUCACAUGGUUCAGACAGAGUGUCAGUAUGUGUAUUUACAUCAAUGUGUGCGAGAUGUGUUAAGAGCCAGAAAACUACGCAAUGAACAAGAAAAUCCCUUGUUUCCAAUAUAUGAAAAUGUGAAUCCAGAGUAUCACAGAGAUGCUGUUUAUUCAAGGCACUAAGAAUGUUACAGACAUCUACUUUUGUGACCACAUUUGUUAACUAGGGAUUUUGUUUGGUUUUCUUUUAUAUAUAUAUAUAUAUGUAUUUCAUGCACUAGAAAGGUGCCAGACCUUUCUAUUGAGACUGUGUAUAAUUUAUUGGUCUGGUGAUUUUUUUAAAGAUAUAUAAUUUAAGUGUAAUAGAUAUUAAUGUAUAUAAUUGUAUUUUGGCAUUAUGUAAAUAUGUAUUUUUUCUAUAAUGUUUAUAUUAAUAUUAAGCUUCAGAUAAUGCUAUUAUUUUCUUAUCACAGUUUUUAUAAACUGUUCUACAUAAACUAUUUUAAAUUUUAUGGCUAACAGGACUGCUGAAUUUGGGUCAGGUUACAUACUGGCACAUAACACACAGGAAGAGUCCUAUAAGGACAGUCUCUCUCUCUCUCUCUCUCUCUCUCUCUCUCUCUCUCUCUCUUUUUAACUAGUUCAGUAUUUGUGAGAUGAAAUAAGCUACUAUUGUACAAGGGAACAGUAGUCCUGUUUAGGAAUUACAAUGUUACUUCACACUUUAAACUUACUGAUUUCACCAAAAUGGGUGAAAUCCAUAAUACCAUGACAUACCUUUUACAGAACUCAUCAACAGCCGAAUAAAACAGGGUCCACCUCAGUAAAAGCAAUUGUUGCAGUCUAAUGUGACAUAGUAGAAAAAUAUCAAACACCAUAUGCUGCCAUGAAGGCUAAUAAGACCUUCCCCAACAAACAUGCUUUGAGGGGGGGGACAGGUCACUUUCUGGUUUCUUUACACUGGUUUAAGAGAGCAGAAUCAGACCACAGCCUGUGUCUGUACGUUUUUAUUUGAGUACAAUUAUAAUAUGAAAGAUGUGCAAGGAAAUGCCUCAUGUAUAUGCAUGAACAAACCUGUAAGGAUACAAACUCUGACAACGUCUACUGCUCAAAAAAAAAAAAAUCCUGUACUAUGACAACUUGAAAAAUAGAUUGCAAGCAUAUUAAGGAAGUAAAGCUAUAUAAAGAUGUAUAUUCUAGAGCUGACACACUUGGCUUCAGCCUUCAGCUGCUUGCAAUCUAGCUGUUCCUUGGUCGUUCUGCUUGCAUUGGCACUGAGCUUAGGAGCACACCUCCUUAAUGGCAGCCUGCUGCUCAGCCCAAGUGCAGCUCUCCGCCGAAUCCAGGGAUUCUUCCACAAAUGGCCCCAACACAUCCACACAGAAGGACUCUUCAUCUUGGAUUUUGCCCGAUACGAUCACCACAAGCAUAGCUGGAAUAGGAGAGUGCCUGUCUAUAACCCAGGGGAUGGAGGCUUGCAGACCUGUGCUAAUCACUGGAUGCACUCAAAGCAUCAAGUAUGAUCAAAGAACACCUCCAAGUGUCCCACCAAGGUGAUCAGACAUAGCCUCUUUCCUCUGUAGCGAGGCUUCUCUUGCAGGGACUGUGAUCUGAACACUCCAUUCUGCUAUUUUUCCUUAUAAAGAUCUCUUCAAAUGAAUAGAAAAAUGACAGCACACAGUUCAUCUUCAUCACAGGAAGAAGGAAGGGCUCAGUAGUUCUGCUUUCACCUGUUUACCCAUUCUUUAUGUAAAGAAAACUUGGCCUGCUGCAGAAGGCAAGUGCUUAAAUUCCAGCUUUAUUUUGGAGAGAAAUAAAUGUUUCUGAAGACCUCCAGAGGACCAACCAAUACACCUGAAUUAAAUUCCUAAGUUAUGAACUACUGCAGCUGCUGAGUCAAGACCACUGUGAUUUCAUUACAACUUACUGGAGCUAUGCUGUCCUUGCUGUGGAAACACCCACAUGACAAUGGAUGAAGAUAUUUGCAAAGCUAAUCUGACACAGUUUUCUUCAAAUCUUUCUGAAAGAGAACCAGCAGGCCUGUGUGCAUCCUUGUCACUCAAGUUUUACUAGAGAGAAAGAAACAACCUGGUAGUCCCUCUUCCUCCGUACUCCAGUGGAGUCUCCUCCAUUCCUGACCAAGUAUCUUCAGAUGUUUCAGAAACCUCAAGAUUUACCACAUUCCCUUAAUGAGAUCUGAAGAAGAAGGGAACAGCAUUAUGGUGGAAGCUGUUUUCACCUGGGGAAUGCUAGGCAAAAACUCAAAGAAAUGUGCAGAUUUUCUUGCGGGCUCCUUUUUCCUUUGUUCUUUCUGCUAGAUAAACUCUAGGUUAGCAAGGAAGGACAAAGGAUGGCAGCUUUAGGUCAUUGGCUCUAGUAGUAGCAGCUGAACUUAGGGCAUUGUGCAUAUGGUCACCGUGUUACAUGCACUGCUUUUAGUCCCUUCCUUUCACAGCAAUAGCUGAGGAAUGAAGAUCACCACGUUGGUUACCAGCAGUACAAUUACACUGUGAAGACAUACCAAAUGUCCUCUAUAAAUUAUCUCACGCUGAAUAUUACUGUGUCAUUUUUUAUGCCGAGGGAGAUGGAACUCACUCAAUAAUAUAUGAUCUGAGGGCAAAAGUCAAAGAUUGUGCAUGACAUGCAUAUGCCAUUCAUCAUUUUAAGGAGGACACACAUCGUUCUACUCUUUUAUUUUAGCUUUGUUUCUCAGCUCCCUCUGCACGAACAAAGCUCACAAAUCUGCACCAAAAUGAUGUUCUAGCGGACAGCUAUUGUCCUCUUUUCUCUCUGCUAAUAAUGGACACAGUUCUUAAGUAUCUUCCUCGUCACUUAGUAACACAACAAAUGACCUUAAACACCCUAAUGCAAUGCUCCCGAACAGCUUUACAUCUCUGCCUAGCUAGGUCACACAUGAGAGCUGUACACACACAUUAUUGCUCUGGUUCUGCUUUCUACCCACUUCUGGUCAUGUGAAACCAGUGUAAAUCCACUAAGAAUAAAUAAAAAGUAUCUAUGUAGCAUUUGUUUUAAGUAUAAGACAUCUACUUAUCAGUGUAAUUAAUUAUAUUUACUGUGCCUCUAAGCUGAAUAACAGGACCGAUGGGAAACUGUUAGUGUAACAAGAAUGGACUUGAAGGAGCCUGUGUAUUGAACAAAGACUGCUCUUAAGGAAAAGCAUCCUCCACUGAAGAGGAUGUUUCUGUUUCGAAUGUCUGCGAAGGAUGUUCAGGAUUCCCAUCUUGAUGUUUCCCAAUAAUAAUGUUACAAAGCAAGGCUAGUGUUAUUACUGAUCCAGAAGCUAAGAUUUGCACACUUGGAGCCCAGUCCUGUGAACCUCUGCACAUGCAGGUUUCUCUGCAUUGUCCGCAAAGCUGCCUGAGUACUUCAAUGAAAGUCAACAUGAAAAAAGCUUGAAAAUAUCGUUCAACUUCUGAAGCACUUACAGGGUUGGGCUUUUAGGUUAAAUCAAAGUUUUGUAAUGGAAGUUAUUUAAUAAUGAAAAAAUUGUAACUAAUGUUUCUAAUCUGUGCAAUACAAUUACAAGAUCCACUACCGAUUGUAGAAAAAAAAAAAGAUUUUACAUAGCUAGAGCUGAUAAAUGAUAUUUUUUGUUACUAUUGAAACAUGAAAGUGAGUGAGAGAAAUAGGCAAACUGUGAAGAUGUCAUAAAAGUGCAACUUUAUACAUUUUUCUCUGCUGCUAGAGUUAUUUAUACAGCUUAUACGCGUACCUAAUAUUGCCAGAAAUAUUAUUUUAUGCUAUGGUAUAUUACGAAUUUCCUUUCAGAUGUAGAACAGAGAAAAGAAAAUGUGUGAGCUCUAUGUUUAUGUUAUGUGUUGUAUACUGGUAUCUAUGCUUUGACUUAGAAAGCCAAGAGUUAAAUACUGGACAGACAGGAGUACAUCAGCACUUAGCCAUGCUCCUCAGCCUGCGAGUUAGUGUGUGGGCUACGGGGCUGAGAGCAGUAAGCAUCUAGUCACUACAUCAGCAUCUCCUGCCAGGGUCACAGAUCAGAGAGGAGCUCUGGACACGCAGAGAGGCAGCCUGCGGCAGCGCAAGGUGCAUGUCGGGUGCUCACGUUGAUUCACAUUUCGUUCACUGCUUCAGCGUCAGAGUUUGUGAUAUUAAAAUGCAAUAUUAAAUGACAGCCACUUCCCCGCCGGCUCUGUCUCAGAUCUCCUGGCUCUGGAGCUGUGCGCUCCGGGACCUGGAGUCCCAGGAGGCUGCAGCUUUGCAUGGGAGCUCAGCGUGCACCGCUGUAUUUAGGCAGCUCCCCUAGGACCCAACGCCCUUGCCUAUCCCUCUCCAGCUGACAAAAAGUCAAACUCCUGAUCUGCUGGUAGCACCACUGUGGCCAAAGCAAAGUGGUCUAUUACUAAUGACCUCUCAGAUCAAUAGCCAGGGCAGACCCUAGUCUGCUUACUUUUUAAGACUCGUAGGAAGAGAGACUAAGGACUAGCUAAAUUUAGCAAAUGCUGUAGCAUUUGGGCACAUAGAGCAUCAGUGAGGCUGGUACAUUGAUAUGCAAGAUUUGAUUGUUUCUUGAUUUAUCUGCAAGCUAAAGAAAUACUGUAAGUCAAAUAGCUAAAUACAGAUUGCCCUCUAGUAGGGAAAUAUGUUAUAGUGAAGAAGAGAAAAAACAAGAUUUUGAAAUAUGACUAGCCAUAAAUUUUUUGCCUGCACCUGGAGUAAAGUGACUGAAAAACAUCUUCAGCAUAUAUUCCAUUCUCAAAUGCUAUAUAAUUACUUAUAUUUGUGUUCCUAACAAACGCUGAGUGAACACAGAAUUGUGCUACUAUUGUCAGUCUAAUUUAUGCAUUUAAGUCUAUUUUUAUAUUUUUAGCUACAGUCAACAAAUCAAAUAUAUUUGGGUGUAUUUUACACAUUUUUAUAAAUAGUUCAUGA